AUGCCGCUGCGCGCAGCCCGCUCCGCCCGGGCGUCGUCCCCUUCCCCACCCCACACCCCGACACCCCCGGCCGCGCGCGCCGGGCUCCCAGCUCCCCCGCCCGGUGUCCCCGGUCCUCCCCGAGCCCCAGCGAGGCCGCCACCCAAGUUCCCUCCCCACUUCCCGCCCGGCUCCCCUAGCCAGGCGCUGCCCGCCGCCCCGGCCUCCCGCUUGCCCGGGUCGUGCUCGCGCCCUCCUCCCGGCCUCUGCCAGGCGGCGUCCCCGGCCACACUUGGGUCGCUGCUCCCCCACCCCACCCGCCCCCACUACCCCGCCUCGCCCGCGCCUCCCUCCGGGCUCCUUCUCUCCCAGCGCCUCACGCCCCUGCUCCCGCGCCCGGCAGAAAAGCAUCCUUCCCGCCAUUUUACUUACCAGGGAGUCGACUCAGGAUCUGAAAUCAGACACCAAUGGACUGGGACUUGGGUUUACUUUCUGGGCAGCACUGUGAUGCCUCCCCAGCCUCCACAGCAAGGCUGCCUGCUGUGCCGGACCCGGAGCUUUCCAUGCAAGCUCAGAGUCUCGCGAGGCUUUGGGCCUAAGGCUGGGCUCUGGGCAGGGCAGGAGGGCAACGCGGGGUCAAGAGUCGAGACGCUUCUGUGGCGACUGGGUCGGUCGGACCCGGGAGCUCAGAGGGCGCCCCUCGCGGACCCGGGCUGCAGGGCGCCUGAGGUGAGGGCUGCGGGCGCGGGGAGCCUGGGUGCAACUCCCCAAGGUGUCCUGCCAGCCCUCGCCCGGGCAAACGGGGCAUCCGAAGCGGGUGUGGUCCGCGUGACCCCCGGCUGCUCCCCGCGGCUUCCCCCGCUGGCCCGCGCUCGCUCGCUCGGCGCUGCCUGUCCUCGAAGUUAG